GUGGUAGCUGGGCGGGGUUUGUAACUCUUCUAAGACAUUUUAAUGCAGUGUUAUUUUUGAUAUAGUUACAUUGAAGACAUGUAGUUAGGACGACCGGUCGGCUAAGCUUCAUCAGCGUCAGCCAUAUUUGCCACUCUUCUACCGCUAGACUCAGUCUGCCGGACUUCCUGGUUUACUUAGUUUACUUCCACUCACUCAGAAACAGACGAUGGAUAAAACACAGUCGGUCUGUUCGCUUAUCAUAGCUGUGUUCCUUGGAAGCUUUCCCGUGGUUUUCGCGGCUCGGCAGCCUCACAUCGUGUUCAUCUUGGCGGAUGACUUUGGUUUUUAUGAUGUCGGCUACCACGGCUCAGAGAUCCGAACACCGAACCUUGACAAACUGUCAGCCUUAGGAGUCCGCCUGGAGAACUACUACGUCCAGCCCAUAUGUAGCCCCUCCAGAAACCAGCUCAUGACCGGAAGAUAUCAGAUCCACACAGGCAUGCAGCAUCACAUCAUCUGGCCCUGUCAACCGUACUGUGUGCCACUCGAUGAGAAACUGCUGCCCCAGCUGAUGAAGGAGGCGGGCUACGCCACGCACAUGGUGGGCAAGUGGCACCUGGGCAUGUACAAGAAGGACUGCCUGCCCACACGGCGGGGCUUUGACACGUACUUUGGCUACCUCACAGGCAGCGAGGAUUAUUACACUCAUCAGCGCUGUUACUACAUCAAACCCCUCAGCCUGACUCGCUGUGCGUUGGACCUGCGGGACGGAGAGGAGGUUGCUACCAGAUACAAAGGAGUCUAUUCCACUGAGCUGUUCAGCCAGAAGGUCACCAACAUCAUUGGAAAACACGACACUACCAAGCCGCUCUUCCUCUAUGUGGCAUUGCAAUCAGUCCACUCACCGCUGCAGGUGCCGGAGCGCUAUGUGGCCCCCUACAGUUUCAUCAGUGACCCCACUCGCAGGCUGUAUGCUGGCAUGGUGUCUGCCAUGGACGAAGCAGUGGGCAACAUCACUCUGGCUUUGCAGCAGGCAGGUCUUUGGGACAACACGAUCCUAGUAUUCUCAACAGAUAACGGAGGUCAGACUCUGGCUGGUGGCAGCAACUGGCCACUGCGAGGGAGGAAGUUUUCACUGUGGGAAGGAGGGGUCCGGGGAGUCGGAUUUGUCGCCAGCCCGCUGCUGAAGCAACCCGGGACCGUCAGCCGCGAACUCAUCCACAUUUCCGACUGGCUGCCAACAUUUGUUGGCCUGGCAGGAGGGAGCACCAACGGCACAAAGCCACUGGACGGAUUCAACGUGUGGAACACGAUCAGCAGCGGGAUUGCCUCACCCAGACUGGAGCUGCUGCACAACAUUGACCCCCUGUAUGUCGAUGAGGGUCCAUGUCAUACCGAAAAGAAUCAGUUGACCGCCUGGGCCGAAUCUGGCUUCAAUGUGUCCAUUCACGCAGCCAUUCGAUCCUCAAACUGGAAGCUGCUGACUGGCUACCCAGGCUGCGAUAAGUGGUUCCCCCGGCCCGGCAACGUGAGCUCUGUGUCGAAGCCCUCACAGGUGAAUCCACUGAAGCCCGUAAUGCUGUUUGACAUAGAAAAAGACCCAGAAGAGAGGAAUGAAGUGUCUGCUCAGUACCCCACAGUAGUGGAGUAUCUCCUCAGUCGGCUCUACCACCACCAGAAGACUGCUGAGCCGGUAAACUUCCCUGCCGAUGACCCCAGAUGUGACCCAGGCCCCUCCGGAGCCUGGGGACCCUGGGCUUAGAUGGCAAUGACAGUGAUGAAGCUUAGUUGACCAUGUUUACACACCAUGUUCGCAACAGCAGGGAUCUCUUUUCUAGAGAAUAAUGAAGUUUUAGAAAUGUUUUUCCUCUUUGAUUUGGAUUUAUUGUAAAUCAAUAAAAGACAGCUCAGUCCAUCACACAAUAAAUUCAGUCUAACACGGUUCCAACACAGCAUAUUGGAGUCUGGAGUAAGUCUGCAGAGCAGCUCAACCCUAAGUGCUGCUAAUUGUACCGAAUCCAGACGUCCACGACCAUAUGAGUUUGAGCGAAAAUGCAGCAAUAUGUUAGAAUUGCAAGCAUUCUGUACAUAGUAUCACAAAUAACCAAAUAUUGAGCUUGUCUGAACUCGUAUGAGUUAUAUAGUGAUACCGUUAAGAGGAAGGUAAAAGACUAUCUUCUCUGUGUAGCGAAACAGUGCCUUUAUGGCCGUGUUCAUCAUCAUCUCCAUGGACACAGCGAAUAAACAAGGCUGCACAGAUGAUUUAAUUAUUUAGAAACAAAUGAGAAAUUGCUGUUAUUAUUGAUCUCUGUGUGUGGAAUGGUCCCAGGGGUAACGCUAGUUGAAGUGACUGGGUGAAGUUACACCUGUUGCUGAUUUGUGAAGACCAUCUACUUCCUGUUACAGGUGUUGCACUUUAUGUAUCUACUGUAGAGAAGAUUCAGGCUCCUUGUAUGUUAAACAUAACAUCACACAGAAAUAGCAGGCUUUUUUAAAACGCCUUACCAUUCCGACGACUCGCCCACGGGCCCUAAGGAGCAUUUCAUCUUUUUUAUUUCUUUUCCCAUUUAUUGGCACAACACAACAUUCCUGUUUAGUCUCUUAUUAUACACCAUUAGAAAGCUAAGAUCCUCGUGAAUUGAUUGACACAAAUCAUUUUGAGAUACAAUCACAACAAGAGUCACAAUAAAUGGCAGCAACAGAAAGACAACCGCAUUUAAAAUUAACAUUAACAUUGAGGCAUCGUACCAAUUAUGUCCCUCAGUGAUCCACCGAUGGACACUAUUCCAACAAAAACUGUCUGGUAACAUCGACAGCCGAUCCACUGCAGUGAAAAUAUUUAGUCCGAAACAUGAUAAUAAUACAUAGAAAGAUGCUUUCUACCUUCCAAAUUAGCAGGCGAUGUGUUCGUCUUCUGCUUGUCCCCUGUGAUUUCUCUGUUAAAACUUCUGGAAACAUAUACACAAGGGUGUCAUCUUGUCUACGGUUACUCUGUGGAGUCUCAGGUUUCAGAUGGCACCUCACUUGAUCAAUCACGAUCUCCCACAUGAAGCCUAGCAACCAGAGUAGGCAAUAACACUCUUAAUGUAGAUAAAUACAAAAUUGCCAUUUUUUUUAGAACGCCUAAAUACAAGAUGAAAGAAAUAUUUCAGCAACCAAACUAUUGUCUCUUUUUGGUAUUUUUAAGGAUUAUACAGGAGAGAGGAAAGCAGUAGAUGUUUUUGUGAAUAAAGAGAGUAAAUGCUUGAAGAUUUUGAAAUCUUGCAUAAGAUUUGACCAUAAAGUAGCACAAAUCUAUAUUAAUUAUUAUUUUUAUUUUGAGAAAUGUUAUUUGUUUUUUACAGCAGCUUCACUCAUGUUGUGCACCCUUUCACCAGCAGCAGGAGGUUGUUUCCAUUGGAAACAACUCCUAAAUCCACAGUACACAACCUGCACAGCAUCAUACAGCAAACACACAAAAUUAGCAACUAGCUGGUCAACAUAGUGGAGUUUUUUUUUUUUUUAUAACUCUGGUGCCAUAUUGAGGAAUAGCCUUUGCUGUUCAUCAAGUUGUUAAACCUGAAAGGAGCCUAUAGAAGUCAGGUUAGGAAGUGUUUAUGGAAGAAGGUAACAGAUUUUUAAUGAAGUCUGCAACGAUAUUGUUACUUUCGCUGUCUUUGUUUUAAAGUUAUUUUUACUUUUUAAAUUGUUAUGAGCUGGUUUUGUUUCUCAGGGUUGCGUUGUUUAGCUUUUAUGUAGGAUGUCUUGUGCUUUUUUGUGUUUUAUUUUGUCUUUUAAUAUCUUGGCAAAUAAGUGUUUUUACUUUAACAUAUUAUCUUUUGGAUUUUUCUUUAUUUUUUGUGUCUGAUGACCCAUAAAUAAUAUCAAUCAAUCACUCAGAUAUUUCCCUCAGAGUUUGAAUAGACCUGUGACCCCAUCUGUUAUCUUUUUAAUUGUGAAUGAGCAUCAAGUUGUGUCUACAAAGAUUUUUGUCUUUAUUUCAUGGAUGUCUGCUUUCUGCCUGAAAUGAUCAGAUGCUUGUCUGAGGUGAAAUGUUUUUUAAAUAUCCCUGUUUAAACCUCCCUAUGUCCCUAAAUAUGAGCCAAUUAUUUUUUAUUAAGUAAUUGUGCACAGCAUUAUUCAGAAGUGCCUACUGGUGGAAGCUGAAGACAUGUUACCAUUUUAUUUGUUCUGAAAACAAACAACAACAAGCAUAAUAAAGAGGGUAAAAGUC